AGACUAUUAAAUCCUUUCAUUACUGCGAAAGUUAGCAGUGUUCUAGCAGACCCGCAGAAAAUUGCUAUCGACGGAUCGAGCUAUUAGAAUUCCCACCGAGAGACUUCACCCAGAUUGAGAAUCAGGAACACUGUCAUCAUAGCAGGCUUCAUCGCGUACAUCCUCUCGGAAAAUUCUCCAAGGAUGGGGUGGUUCUCUUCAUCGAAUGCGGGGCAGAACACUCCUCCAGCUCCUGAGGCGUCCAAAGAUGGGGGAUACAUUGCGCCAGAUCGAACAGCAAGAGCAGCAUGCUGGGAGGGCAGAGAUUCAUUCUUCCGAUGCCUAGACCGACACGACAUUAUCGACAGUGCGAAGCCAGAGGGCGACAAGAAAGCUAGAGAGCUUUGUUCAAAAGAGUUGGCAGAAUUCGAGAAAACUUGCGCAAGCAGUUGGGUCACGUAUUUCAAGAAGCGAAGGGUCAUGGAGUAUCAGCGAGACCAGACUUUGAAGAAGCUGAAUGCUGAAGGCGCGCAGCCAAUGCAGAUUACUGGAAGAUGAGGGGACCAAUACAACCAUACCAACACUCCACUCACAAGCUACGAUAUCGCUAUCGCUACGCACCAAGCCUCCUCUGCUCGGCCAUCGCCGAUCUAGUGCUAUUAAAGCCUCCUCAUCAAAGUCGUGAUGUCGAGAGAACGAUCAAAGCAGAGAUGCAUGGUUGCCAGACAUGGUGUGCGGAGCAGGCUACUGGUCUAGAAUUUUGCCCAGCACAUCGGAUCAGUGCCGCCCAGUAGAAUUAUUCUGGGCGUGGUGCUACAGAAGGAAGUUGAUCUCGGAGCUUUCCGUUCUUCGAGGCGCUUUGAGAGAAGCUAUAUGAGCUGCAGCCAGCCACAUGAGUCGGCUGGCAUUUCGCGGGCCAUCAGUUUAUAUGUAGAUAAUGUAUAGAAAUGUACAAAGAG